CUCCUCUUUCCUACUUAUUCUGGUCCAUCUGAGUCGAUCUUUCCCUCAAGGCCACCGCCGAGUAACCGUCGUCAAAGACCGACUCUCAAGUUCCCCUGCCAUAAGUUACCUUACCUAUUCACAGUCCUAGUCUUUCUUUGCUCUUUCAUAUCACAUUCGCUUUACUAAAAUCUUCUUAUCUAUACCUAGUGUAAUAUCCGAUUUAUCGCCAUGGAGGUUCAGCACUUUCCAUCGCAGCGUGGAAAGACGCGAAACGCCCCGUUGCCUUAUACUGUAUCUCCGAUCCAACUGCUGCGAAGCGAUAUAUUCCUCUUUUUCAGAAGCCUGUGGGCUUUUCCUGGCGCCUUUCUUCCUCUCUUCCCAUGGCGUUCAGGUCGCCUGGAUGAGCUUUACCCGUCGGCGAGGAACCUAUGGGGCAUUCUCAUGCAUGGCCUUCUUUUCGUCUAUCAAACUCUGUUUCUGGUGUCGCUCCCUAUCUUGGUCUGUUCGAUCCCAGCAACAUGGUUCUCUCUUUGCAUCGCCCUGGGGAUCUUUUUAAACUACAAAGUCUGUAAAAUGGCGUUGAACGGGGAUCAGAGAGUGCUCGUCUCGAGGGAGCCAGUGGACGAGUCUCCUGGGCAUGAACGAGAGCACUGGUUCUUUCUGAAUGGGAUUGCUGUGGGGAAUCAUUGGUUGCAGAGUAAUAUCGACCAGAUAGGACGAACUUUCGGCAGGAGGGUCACGGGCAUACAUAACCGGACGGUUGGUGUCAUCUUCGAUGUGAUUGAAUGUUUGAUCCAGCGCGACUUCUGUUACGCUACGCAGGAUAUCCGGGAUGCGUAUAAGCUGGUCAAAGAGGCCCUAUUGGACGAGCGAUACGACAAGGUGGUCCUAAUUCUGCACAGCCAAGGUGGUAUCGAAGGAGGCCUAGUCGUCGACUGGCUACUGGACGAGAUGCCGCACAAUCUUCUGCGCAAGCUUGAGGUGUACACGUUUGGCAGCGCGGCGAACCACUUCAACAAUCCACACCAAAGUGUGGCAGCGCUUCGCCAUGCGGACCGUGACGACAGCAGCCAGGCUAUCCGCCAUAUCGAGCAUUAUGCCAACGCAGAAGACUUUGUGAGCGUCUGGGGGGUGUUAAACUUUGCCACGAUCCCGAAUAGGUACAUGGGCAGUAUCUUUGUGCGGCAGGGGUCAGGCCACCAGUUCAAUCAGCAUUACCUGGACAACAUGUUUACUCUGGGGGAAGAUGGACGUGUCAAGGAGGAUAACGAGUUUAUGGACGCAGAGAUGCACACAAUCAUGGAUGGGAGAAAUAGUGUCGGUAGACACAAGGUGAAGGAUUUGAGCCGGCUCUGGCAGUAUCGGAAUGGAGGCUCUCCUGAUGAGCUCACUAAUUAAUAGAUAGGAUAGAUGAGGAAGGAGUAGCUCGCAUACUAUGAAACAGGUCUAGAUGUGAUGUAUUCUUGCCAUUAUCUCCCUGUACACCCACAGGAUCUCCUGAACGACCACCUCUGGCCUGAGGAGAUUGAUAUUAUGCCCGCAAUCCGG